CCGUCCACCGAUGCCCUCAUUCACCCACUCACCCCCAUCCCCCAUCCCACUGACAGUGGGCCCCACACUCUUCUGUCCCCACCGCUCAGCGAAACACCGUAGGCGCACACGUGAAGGGUACACAGGAAUGCGUCUUCUCUGAAUUCCUCUCACAAUUCCUCAUCUGCAAAGGAGGAGACCUCGGAGAGCCGGAGGUGGUAGCUAAUGGUGGUGGAAAGCCAACCCGCUUUGCGCCAUCUCCCACUCGCCUCCCGCUCCCGAUGCCCUCGCGCCAGCCGCCGCCACCGCCGCCGCCUCCGCCGCCUCGGCCUGACGUCGCCCGCCGCCGCUCAGUAGCUGUCGCCGCGGCGGCGGGGGCGGCGGGGGCUGGGGCCGUGGCGGUGCUGGUGGUGGUCGCGCUGCUGUGGUGGCUGAGGAGGAGGAGGGGGAAGGGGAAGGGGGAGGCGGAUGAGGUGGUGGCCGCGGCAGGGAGGCUGCAGCGGCUGUCCUACCGGAAGCUGCGGCGCGCGACGGGGGGAUUCGCGGCGGGGAGCAAGCUCGGGCAGGGGGGGUUCGGCCCCGUGUUCCGCGGCGCGCUCCCGCCGACGACGACGGCGGCGGGAGCAAUCCGCGGCGACGGGGCGGGGAGGCCCGUCGCCGUGAAGGUGAUGGAUGCCGCGGGGUCGCUGCAGGGGGAGCGGGAGUUCCACAACGAGAUCGCCGUCGCGUCCCACCUCCUCGCGUCGUCGUCCGCGCCGGGAUCCCCUCCUGUCCCCGACGCCGCCGCCAAGCCGGGUGGGAAGGGGCGGGACUCCAUACUGCUGCCGUUCGCGUACUCGAUGUCGUCCGCGGCGCGGGGCGAGGGGCGGCCGCGGCGGAUGAUGCUGGUGUACGACCUCAUGCCCAACGGGUCGCUGCAGGACGCGCUGCUGGGGCGGCGCUGCCCGGAGCUCGUGGCGGAGUGGCCCCGCCGCCUUGCCGUCGCCCGCGACGUGGCCGCCGCGCUCCAUUACCUCCACUCCGUCGUUAAGCCGCCGGUCGUGCACGGCGACGUCAAGCCCAGCAACGUCCUGCUCGACACGGAUCUCCGCGCCCGCCUCGCCGACUUUGGUCUCUCCCGCAUCAAUUCCGACGCAGAUGCGGACGGCAAGCCUGAGAGCGGCGCGAUUGCGGAAGGAUGUGACGUCGAUGGGGGAUGUGAUGAUGACGCCUCUGUCAUAGCGGAGAGCACGGUCACCACCACGGUGAAUGGUGAGGGGAACCCCAAAUCACCGGAGGAUGACGAUGGCUUCACAUCGGCAUCACCGGCGGAAGCUGCGUCCACUUCCGGGUUUGACCGGACCAGUGUUGAGAGUGGUAUGAAUAGCCGCAGCUGCAACGGUGGAGGGUCACGCACCGGAGGUACCAUGGGAUCAGGUACCGGGAGUGACUGGUGGUGGAAGCAGGAUAAUGGUGGGGGCAGCAAUGGUGUAAAAGAUUAUGUGAUGGAGUGGAUUAGAUCAGAGAUCAAGAAGGAGCGCCCCAAGAAUGACUGGAUUGCAGGGGCAGCUAUUACCAAUCCAGCUGCAGACAGGAAGAAGCCAAAGAGGAGGGCACGAGAAUGGUGGCGAGAAGAAUAUGCUGAUGAGCUUGCGAAAAAGCAGAAACGACGUGCACUUGCUAAAUCAAAGAGCGAGCAGGCAGGGUUGCAAUGGUGGGAGCGGGAUAUUGACGAUGACUUGGAUGCAAAGGGACGAUCCAAAUGGAGUAUGAUGAAGAGCUGGAGUCGGAGAAGCAAUGGCAGCACUGGCAAUGGCAAUGGCAACGGCAAUGGCAGUAUUAACUGGUGGGUCAAUGGUGCAAGAAGCACCCGUGAUUGGGCAAGUGGGGAAUUCGUUCCCAAGAGUAGUGGCGCGGUGAGCAGCACACCGAGCAUGCGCGGCACGGUGUGCUAUGUGGCUCCUGAAUACGGUGGUGGUGGUCCUUUGUCUGAGAGAUGCGAUAUCUAUAGCUACGGUGUCUUGCUACUGGUACUUAUCUCAGGACGCCGGCCGUUGCAAGUGACGGCCUCACCCAUGUCUGAGUUUGAGAAGGCAAGCCUCAUAUCGUGGGCGAAACAUCUUGCGCGCGUGAGCCGCUUGAUUGAUCUUGUUGAUCCAGCCCUACAGGAUGUGAACCGUGAUGAGGUUUUACUCUGCAUUACAGUCGCACUCCUUUGCAUCCAAAGGUCUCCAGCUCGUCGACCAUCAAGUGAGGAGGUACUCCGAAUGCUGUCUGGCGAGGGAGAACCUCCGCACCUCCCAUUGGAGUUCUCACCGUCUCCACCUGGUGGGUUCCCUUUCAAGUCCCGAAAGAAAGUUCGGUGAGUUUGUUUAGCUCUUACCUAGAUGCAAAAGGUAGCUUUAACUUUGUCCCUUAAUGUAUGUCUCUUUUGGUUCAAGUUCCUAUUUUAUGUAUUCUUUUACUCACUACUGUAUAAAGUUCCCUAGGGAAAAAGGUAAUGCCGACCUGAACUCAAAAUUGACAACAACAUUGCCUAAUUGAUCACAUGUGCUAUCACAGGCCCACAGUUUUUUUUAUAUUUCUCUGAAACCUUAAUCACAGACAGAUAGUUAUGUGGAUUUAGUACUAUGGAGAGGACUUAAGUGACCCUGAGGAGGGGAUGUCCACCUUUUGAAAUGGUGUAUCGUGAAGCAUCUUGCUUUUGGUUUUGGAAUUUGGAUAAGCAUAGAAGGUAGUGCUUCUCCUGGCCCCCUGGAA